CCUAUCGCGUAUUGUGAUUGUGCUUGCAAAUACAAGUUAAAAACUAUAAAAUACACUCAGUUACGUGACUAAUUGAUCAUUUACUUGAAGCUUCAGUGUUACAAUAUAUUUUCCGGCAACAAUUUGAUGUAUUUGUCGUCAAACUGGCGGGCAAUGUUAGAAUGUUUUCAUCAAAUUUCGAUUUACACAUGGAUGGAAUGGAUGACAACAUGGCAGAGCAACCCAACAGUGAGACCGAUAUAAAGCUGAGCUGCCGGACCAUCUGCAUUGGAUCCUACUCGUACAAGCCACGCAGCAAGGUCCGCAUAUCAUCCGAAGGCGUCACCAUCGUGGCCCCGGGGCUCCGCCGGCGCGCGAACGACGACAUCAUACUCCACAUACCACUGAAAAGCUUCGUACACGUACUGGCGAGGGCUGAGGAGCGGCCGGCGAUACUGCUAUACACUGAGGCGAAGACUGGGGAGUAUGUGCGGGGCGCGUUGGACAUGCAUCUAGAGUCAGGCACAUACUUCGAACCAUCAUCAGCGAUCGACGAACACAAGAGAAUAACCCUCGUGCCGCGCGCGUUGAGUCGACGCUCCGUGGCGUCUCUGCGCUCGCUGUUCGGGAUGGUGCUGGACGAGCUGGACGCGCUGGACGCGAGGCGGUUAGGGGGGUUGAGGAGUAGCAGUGAACCCGACAGUGACCCUACAGAUCCCGAUCAGCCGUCACCUGCUCGUGCAGCGGCCGCACGCACCGCCCCGCCCUCCAGAUCAGUAACACCGAUGAACGUGAAAGGCAACGCGUCGACAUCCGAGGACGACGUGAUAUUCCCCCCCUCCCCCACCCCCAUCUCCAUCUCCUCCCCCUCCUCCACCCCCACCUCCCCCAAAUCUUCGCCCUCCUCCAAAAAGAGGAAAAACCGUAAAAAGAACAAGAGUAAUAAGAAGAUGAAAUACGUUUUAGUGAAAAAUCCGGAGCCGCACGCGGUGGACGCGUUCUUGGCCGGAGUGGCGCCCAUUUUGAAAAGUUUGUCGCCCGUUUUUUUAAAUUUGGCGAAAAGUGAGAUUAUUUCGGCCGCGUUGAAAUAUGAGAGGAAAAUGUUGACUGAGAAUUGUAAUGGCGUUAGUGAAAAAUAAGGUUUUUUGCGUUAAGGCUUUAAGCUUAAGGCUCAAUCAAAAUCAAAAAGCAUUUAUUUCGUUAAAUAGUACAUCAUAACACUCUCAUGGUUGGGAGUUGGGACUUCCUAAAGUUUGUUUUUUCAUUCCGUAGACUAAAAUGACACAUGAAAUGUCAAUUUAGUCUACGGAAUAAAAAAACAGAAUAUAGUAAGUAUGUACAAUACCUGUGACAGGAAGCCCCGCUCUUCCACAUUUAUCUAGUAAAUUUGUACAGUUAACCAAUCAAUAAGUUCUAAAAGCUCUGAUCUGUAGGCAUUGAAGGCUCAAACUAUUAAGCUAUUGAGUUUAAAGCCUUGAAUAAUAAUAAUUAAUCAAAACAAAUGUUAUUGAUGUUUUGUUUUAAGAUAGAUCAAUUUUGUAAAAUAGUAAAGACUUAAAAUCAAAGAGAUCAAAGUAGGAUAGGUUAGUUAGGUUGUUAUUCAGAUGCCAACUGUCCAGAAAUAGGAGCUCCGUCGAUUCAAAGAGCGAGAAGAUUAUUUUCACGAUUCACGAUAUGCCUAGGAAUUUCAUGAUCUGCCUGAUUUUACGAUCGGCCGCCGACAUAUGCACGCGGAGAGCCAUGUUUAUCCCUCAAGAAGUGAAGGACAUUAUCUCUUAAGUAUGCAGCGUGUUUUUAUUGAAUUCUGUUAACUUCGGGGUAUGGUUAAGUACGUUUAAGAAAACGAAAUGGCAUAGCUAAUUAACCUUUUGGACGCCAACAGACGUAUAUAUCGGCACCGCAGGUCCAACGCCAAAGACGGAUUAAUCCGUCACAGACCACAGAGCAACAUAGACCUACGUGCAUGUGCAUAAAGUUCAUUUUCAGUUUUGACACUUCGGUGACAUGUGACGUGGCGUCUGAGUGACAGCUUUUGUGUUUGACACGGCGUCGAAAAGGUUAAAGGUCAAGGGGUUGAAUAAAAACCUGUAGAAUAUAUUUUCAUAUGUAAUAUAAUAUAGUACAAAUGUAAUUGUUGACCAUUUCUAGUAAGCACACUUAACAGUAAGAAAUAAUUGAAAUAAUUAUGUUUACUACAUAUUAUGUAGUGUUUACCAUUUUGUUCGCUUUACCAUUUUGGUAAAGUAACCCACAUGUAAAAAUACAUGACAAUGAUACAUCAAACAAUGAAUAAAAUCAGGUGUUACUUUACUGAAAUUCAUAUUAAUUAAUACCAAAACAUUACUUUGCUAAUCCGUGCUGACCGUGCUAGAAGAACUAUUAUAUAAUCUGUGGUGCUAGUCAAUCGGUGCUAACCCGUUAUACUUAAUUGCGUAUUUUUUACAUGCAAUUAAUGUUCCCACCCUCCCUCCGCAAAAACAAAUACGCAAAUAGAUAUAACAAACCAUCAUCAAAAGAACAAUACUCGACCGCGGGCGGCAGACCGUCAACAUCACCAGCAUCUCCUGAGGAUGCUUCGUAGAGGCGAAACACGUUUCGAGUAUUGUUCUUUUGGUGGUCGUUUGUUAUAUCAAAGAUAGAUAUAACUCCGUAAUAGAUGGAUACAGUCUAAGGAAAAAACGUGCCUCGAAAAUCAAGAAAAUUUGAUUCUCGUUCAGAGGGCGCUACUAGUUUUGGCCUACAGUCGUAUAGAUGGCGUUGACGGUUUCGUUUGUUAUUUA